AGAACACCUAUUUACCCAUGCUGCCACCUCACUCCAGUGUGUUCCAAAGAUUGAGACAAUGCAUUGGGGAAUGAGAGAAAGAUAUUUAAUCUCCGUACCAGCUGCGGAAGUUAAACAGAGGUCGAUCUGGAAUCUCUAUCUGAUAUCGAACCUGUGGUAAUCUUCCUUGCAGAUUCCAGAAAGUUGGCCGACGGCCACUUCGGGUAGAUCUUUUGAGACUAUCUCCCCGACCUGGAGACUGGAGUAAAAUCGCCCUGCCAAGGUUCAUUUGCCGUUGCAUCCUUUCAGGGGUUUCUUCAAUCUCGCCCCAUUCUGCAGUGCAGAUUCCAUCUCCUCAUCGCAUCCCGCAGGGACCUUUCCUCAACCGGAAAUCAAGUGCGAGAAAAGAUCAACAUCGCAUCCUAAUGAAUCCACAGCGACGGGGGGUAGCCACGACGCCAGACCCUGCGGAUAUGUAUAUAAGACCAUGACCUGGCUGUGAUGGAGGCCGGAUAUGCAUCUUUCUCUCUCGAAUCCCGUACGGACAUCAUGAAGAUCUCGUUCGGUCUCGGUGCUCUCGUUCUCGGCACCAACAUCGCCAGCGCAGUCGGUGAAUCUGGAUGCGGCAAGCCGUUACCGCAUGCCAUCCAAGCUGGACAGAGCCACACGACGCACUUCAAAACCUCAAACAGCACCGACAGGACCUAUAUCAUCCAUGUUCCAUCGAACUAUGAUGUCGACAAGCGAACUCCCGUGAUCUUCUCCUUCCACGGAAGAACCAAGGACGCCUCCAACCAAGAGGAACUCUCACAGUUCAGCAACGAGGAAUGGAACCCGGAUGCCAUUGCCAUUUAUCCUGAUGGAAUUGAUCACCAAUGGCAAGGUGAUCCUGCAUCAUCGGGCGUCGACGACAUCAGCUUCACUCUGGACUUGCUCACGCACCUCGAAGAGAGGUAUUGCAUCGAUUCCUCCCGCAUCUACGCCAGCGGAAAGUCCAACGGAGGCGGUUUCACCAACGUCCUAGCUUGCGACCCCGUUGCCUCCACGCGCUUCGCUGCCUUUGCCCCCGUUUCUGGCGCGUACUACCAGGGCGACAGCGAGGAUGGCUGCAAUCCUGUCACUGUCCCCAUUAAAUGCAAUCCGGGCCGCACACCGAUCCCCAUCCUCGAGUUCCACGGAAGUGCCGACAAGACCAUUCCGUAUGCUGGCGGCGCCAGACGGGGUUCCUGUCUUCCGACUGUGCCGCACUUUGUCAGGGAGUGGUCGAAGCGUGACGGAUACGGUCUUCAUAACAAGACGACGCUUCUGUACUCCGGAAACGUCCAGGAAUACCAAUAUGGUAGUGGUGAGGAGCUGGGUACUGUGACCCAUUACCGGAUUGACGGGUUGGGACAUGCCUGGCCAAGCACUGAACCCAACAGUGACAAUCCCAGUGGAACGUACCUCAAUGCCACUCCGAUUAUCAUGGAAUUUUUCCAUCGGUUCACGUUGGAUUGAGCUUCCUGGAGUGGCAUCUUCACAGAGGAAAUAAUGUUGCUUUAGAUGGUCGAAAUGGGGCUGUUGCUGUAGAUGUAUAUCUUGUAAACGCCGGACAUCAGGGCAGCCUUUUAGAAAGUUGUUGACACGGCCAGCUGGAAUAUUAGAUGAAAGUCCAUUUUGUGAUAUUCUUUGCACAAUUAUUGUAGACCAUAGGUCGUGGCUCUA